GUGUCUUUCAUUGAACAUCACUUUCCUUUCGUCUAAAUAUUACCUUGUCUUCCUGUGGAUAUAUCCUCUAGAGAUAAUCCUCAACCACAAUCCUCAUCAAACCGUCUUGCUGGAACACGACGGCCCUCUCAAUUGAUCAAAAUGAUUGACAGUCUGAAAGUAAAUGUUCUGGCCACUUCACACAAGAUUCUCGAUACCAUUCUCAGGUAUCGGAGUCCUUUGCCAAAGGGUGCCGUGGACUGUAGCGAUGAGGGUGCUUUGAAGUUUCUCGGUAUGAUCUAUCUUGCGGUGAAAGCUGAUCAGCCUGUUCCCAUGGUCAUGCCAGCUUUCCCGUUCAAGAGUCCCAAUGCAAAAGACAAGGUACUGGGGAUCUCGCCCGAUAAGGGUGAAGAUGUAGCUCUCGCACAUCUCAACGGAUUAUGUGCUGCUAUCAAGGACAUCUACGAACCUGGUGCUAUCUUGACCAUAGUUUCCGACGGGUUAGUCUACAAUGAUCUCCUUGGUGUUCCCGACCACGUUGUUUGGAACUAUGGAAGAAAGCUACGAGAGCUUGCUGCCUCUCGAGGAUACAAACACAUCCAGUUUGCACAGCUCAGAAAUCUACUAGCAUUGAAGAGCAUAGAUGAACAGCUAGAUGACAUGUCGUACGCUGCUGCCGCAUCUUUCAUGCGCCUGAGUCUGAUGAACCAAUUCGGAGCCACCAGCUGGGCUGAAGGGUCGGACCUGGAGGUUGACGACAACAAGCGAACGACAUACUGCGGAUAUCUCAAGUUCCUUGAACUGGAUCUUGCAACUACCUAUCCGAUAGACGAAGAGCGUACCAAAAGUCGUUUCAAGAAGGGCGUUGCGAAAAUUGCUAAGGCGAUGCUGAAGCGGGGCGACGCAUUUGCAAGAGCAGUACGCAGCAGGUUUCCCGACCAUGUCCGCCUAUCGAUCCAUCCUUCCAACGGCAAAGACAAGAUCUCUGUGAAUGUUCUUCCUGUCGCUACUACCGUAACACCAUGGCACUGCUCUAUCGCCUUCAAAGUUGACGGAACAUUGCUAGCUGGACAUCGUACCACAUUUGAAGCAAUGGAUGACAUGGAGUUAGUCUACGAAAACAAGCAGCCUUCAUAUUUCCGCGAGAAGUCAAGCCUCUACAGUUGGCAGUCAACGCCGGUUACAUUCGAGCCGUUGUAUCCUUGCGGAAUCCUAGUCCGUCCCGCCAAUGGACCCAAGUCUGCGUCCAUCGAUGACGUCGAUGCACUCAAAAUCCGUGAACUUGCAGAACUUAACUCACCCGUCGUUCUUCGUGGCUUCACCAAAACCAGGGAUCGUGAAAGGUUUGUUGCCAAAUCAUACGAUUUCGGCAAGCCAACACCAUGGAAGUUCGGACUCGUCCUAGAAGUCAAAGACCAAGGGGCUGAGACGGAAGGACUCAACAACGUCCUGAGUUCCGAGUGGAUGCCAUUCCAUUUCGACGGCAUGUUCAAGACUCAGAAGCAUGUACGGGAUGACGGGAGCUACGACCUAGUUCCGCAGCCACCCAGAUUCCAAUUCUUCACUGCAGUGACUUCUAGCCCCAAGGACACUGGUUACACUCUCUUUUCGGCAUCCAGGCUUGUCUUCCAAUAUCUACCAAAGCACAUCUCGGUGGAUCAGCUUCGCUCCUUGACAUAUUCCGUCAGCACCCCUUCGUUCGAUCAGGCGAUCAUUAGGCGCUUGCCCUUGAUUCAGCAGCAUCCGUCCACAGAUCAACCAUGCAUUAGAUACCACGAGCGAUGGCCGCAAGAGAAGACAAAGUUCGACCCGACGCAUGUCGAGAUCGAGAACGGCGACCAGGAGAUCUGCGACAUUCUAGAGUCGCUUCUGCACGACCGUAGAGUGUGCAACUGGCAUAUGUGGGUGAAGGGUGAUCUGUUGGUCAGUGACAAUAUAUCCACGAUGCACACCAGGAGUUCGUUCCUGGCGCAGGUCGAUCGAGAGUUGUGGAGGAUUCAUUUUGAUUAG